AUGAUGGACCGCCGAGAAAACGCCCAAGGUUAAUCGAAGCUCUCGAUGAUGAACAGGUUUUUGAUGAUUCAACAGCUAUGGGUUGGACUGACCAGGAAAAAGGGAAAGAACAAAGGCUGGCACUGUUUAAAGGCCUCAAAGUCGCACAAUUUGAUUGGUUUAUGAAGUUGCACUUAGGCAAUUGGCCUGUCAUUUAUGUUAGUUUUAAGGAUCUUAAUUAUAAGUCUUGGGAAUCAAUGCUAAAUUCCAUCAGAAAAAGAAUAUCAGACCUUUAUAAAGAACAUAGUUAUAUUCUUGAUAAUAAAAAGCUUCGUGAAUAUGAUGAACCUUUAUUUAAAAAUAUUAUUAAUGGAACAAUUAAGGAGUCAGAUUUAAUGGAUGCUCUCUCCGAUCUAGCACGCCAUCUCCAUAACUACUUUGGCAAACAAACUAUUAUUCUCAUUGACGAAUAUAACUGGCCGAUGGAAUACGCAGAAA